AUGACCAGACUCGGUCUCACACCAGAUUCAUUCAAGCGUCGCACUCUUGAUGACAAGCACAACCAGCUCAACAAGACUCUCAAGGGUCGCCACUUGAGUAUGAUUGCCAUCGGUGGUUCCAUUGGUGCUGGUCUGUUCGUCGGCUCAGGUGGUGCUCUAAGAAGUGGUGGUCCCGCUUCGCUUCUGAUCGGUUUCGGUAUCAUGGGUGUCAUGAUCUUCAACGUCGUCUAUGCUCUCGGUGAACUCGCCAUCAUGUACCCUAUCUCUGGUGGCUUCUAUACCUACUCUGUCCGCUUCAUCGAUCCUGCCUGGGGUUUCGCCAUGGGCUGGAACUAUGUCUUCCAAUGGGCCAUUGUUCUACCACUCGAACUCGUCGUCGCAGGUCUCACUGUCAAUUACUGGGGUGCAGAUGUCAAUGUCGGCGUCUGGAUCACAGUCUUCUUCCUUCUCGUCGUCCUGAUCAACGUCUUCGGUGUUCUCGGCUAUGCGGAAGAAGAGUUCUGGGCCGCCCUGCUCAAGCUCUCGACAGUCUCUAUCUUCCUGAUCAUGGGAGUCAUCUUCGUCUGCGGUGGUGGUCCUUCGAACGGCAAAUACAGCGAAUACGUUGGCGCAAAGAACUGGUAUAACCCCGGUGCAUUUUCAGACGGCUUCCCUGGUCUCUGCUCAGUCUUUGUCACUGCCGCCUUCUCCUUCUCUGGUACUGAGCUCGUCGGUCUUGCCGCAGCCGAGUCGGCUACUCCUCAGAAGUCUCUGCCUUCUGCCGUCAAGCAAGUCUUCUGGCGCAUCACACUCUUCUACAUCCUCGGCUUGUUCUUUGUCGGUCUCCUCGUUCCUUACGACGACCCUCGCCUUCUCGGAUCUGGUGGCUACCUCGAUGUCUCGACCUCUCCCUUCGUCAUCACCGCCGUCGACGCUGGCAUUCCUGGCUUUGGCGACUUUGUCAACGCCGUCAUUCUGGUAUCCGUCAUCUCCAUCGGUCUGUCUGGUGUCUACGGUGGUUCUCGUACAUUGACUGCCCUGGCAGAGCAAGGCUACGCUCCCAAGAUCUUUACAUACAUCGACAGAGCUGGCCGUCCUCUCUGGUCUACCGUCUUUGUUCUCGCUUGGGCUCCUCUUGCCUACAUCACCUUGGCCAGUACUGGAGUCAUCGUGUUCAACUGGCUGCAGUCUCUGUCAGGUCUGGCUGCGCUCUUCACCUGGGGCUCUAUUUGUCUCGCACACAUCCGCUUCCGUGCCGCAUGGAAGUAUCAAGGCCACACUCUGGACGAGCUUCCAUUCAAGGCCGUCUUUGGCGUCGUUGGCUCAUGGAUUGGUCUGAUCUUGAUCAUCAUCGUCCUCAUUGCUCAGUUCUACGUCGCCAUCAGACCACUCGACGCUGAAGCUUUCUUCGCCUCAUACCUCGCAAUCUUCGUCGUCAUCGUAUUCUACAUUGUUGGAUGGGUCUGGAAGCGUGAAGGCUGGCACAAGCUUGCAGACAUUGACGUCGAUUCUGGCCGUCGCGAGAUCGACUGGGACCACUUCAACAAGCUGAGAGCUGUGCACGAUUCGCAUCCCAAGUGGCGCAGAUUCUUGAGCCAUAUCUUCUAGAUAGAACGUGCUUGGGGAGCCUAGCCUAUCGCUUGAAAAGGAUUCAGUG